GUAUAUAAUCGGACUACAUUAAUGUAGGAACCGGAAGUGAACAAGGUCCGUCUGCGAACUGCUUCCCCUGAGCAGCGAACUGUUUAUGUCAGGCAUCUUUCACGGCCGCUCUUAACGAGUAGACUGGUAUGUACGCGUCGUCCUUAAGGAACCGGAACGAGUAGUGUGGUCGCAAGAACAUCUGAUUACGUCCAUUUUCGUUCACCGACAGUUUAAAGGAAGUUCUCCUGCGACGGCAGGCCCCGCAACUACGGCUAAAGUGAGAGCCUCAGCGUGCAGGAUGGCGGAGGUUCCAGGGACGUCGAGUGAGACGAUCACUGAGACGGUCUCCACCAGCACCCCGCCACCGCCCCAACAGGAGGGCAGAAGCCUCACUAUCAAACUGCGGAAGAGAAAGACCGAGAAGAAGGUGGAGUGGUCCAGCGACACGGUGGACAACGAACACCUCGGCAGAAGGUCUUCAAAAUGUUGCUGUGUGUACGAGAAGCCCAAGCAGUUUGGAGAGUCAUCUUCUGAGAGCGAGGGGGACGACGACGACGAGGGCUGCGGCAGCGCACAUUGCAUCCUUGGUCACAGCAGGGGCGGCCACGCACAGACUGGUGGCCACGGCACAACGGGCCCCCAGGGCUCUGGGGGGUCCAACGCCCACUAAUGCCCUAAGGCGCUGGGGUCACACCUGACCACGG